CACAUUUGAUCUAACUAUGACAAGCCAUUCAUGUCCAUAGCAGUGAUUAUAUCUAAAUGUAGAGCACAUGAAUGUAGCAAAAACGUUGUCAGUUCGGCUUGAGUUCAGUCAAUCAGCUGUUCCAGCCAAAUAUUGCUCUCCUGAAAGCGCCCCCAGCGGCAGCGUCAUUCUCUUGCAUGUUCGGGGAGAAAUGGCUGCACAAGAGCCAUCACCACCAUCUUCACUGGAAGGCAACAAACCAGGAUUCCCUAAGAAAAUUUUGGCGAACAACCUCGAAGAAAAACACAUGUGCAAUUCUUGUUUGAAAAUAUUGAGAAGGCCUCUACAAGCCCAAUGUGGCCAUCGUUUUUGUUCAUUCUGUUUCAACAAAAUUGUUAGUUCUGGACCACAUAAAUGCAGUGCUUGCAUCAAAGAGGACUUGUUUGAGGACCCCACAUCUAUUCUUAAAGAAGGCGGUGCUUUUCCUGACAAUGCAGCGCGGAGAGAAGUGGAAGCAUUGGCAGCUGUUUGUCCAAAUGAAGGAUGCACUUGGACGGGCAAUAUCAAAGAAUAUGAGGUGAACCAUGAGGGAAAGUGUGACUUCAUGAUUAUUCUCUGUCCCUCCUGUAAAGAACUCAUGAGAACCAAUGAGCUGGAGCGCCACAACGAACGAGAAUGUCCUGAGAGGACUUUAAACUGCAAAUACUGCAAAGAACCUUUCCAUUUCAAGAACAUCAAGGCUCAUGAUGAGAUCUGUCCAAAGUACCCUAUGAUUUGUGAAGGCUGCGCAAAGAAAAAGAUUCCCAGAGAAAAGUAUGUGGACCACAUCAAGUUCUGCAGUAAAUUCAGAGCACCUUGCAGAUUUCACGUCGUUGGGUGUGAUAUGUCUGUGGAGAAGGAGAAGACCCAUGACCAUGAGCGUGCAUGUUCCUACGAACACUUAAAUCUACUCUUGCAUUUCAUCAUGGGCAUCAAGGUGAGCCUGGAGAGCUUGCAGCCCCAGAGCCUGGAGCUCGCAGGUCACAAGAUCCACGAGCUGCACCAGGCCUUGAGAGAGCUGGAGCUGAAGCUGGGACAGCUGACUCUGGGUGGGGGAGCCCCCGUGCAGGGAGCCUGUGCCCCUACCCUCCCUACCCUGGCCCUCCCUGCCCUGGCCACCUCCUUUACCCCCCUGCCCAGUGCGGUGGGCGCCGCCCUGGAGCUGCAGCUCCACAGUGAGAAGACCAAGGUGGCAGAGCUGAGCCGGCGGUGCCAGGAACUGGAGCUGAAAGUGGGCACCUUCGAGAACAUUGUUUGUGUCCUCAACCGAGAGAUGGAGCGCUCCUCCACCACCAUUGAGGCCUACAACCGCCAGCAUCGCCUGGACCAGGACAAGGUUGAGAUCCUCAAUAACAAGGUGCGUCAGCUGGAGAGAACUGUGGGCCUGAGAGACCUGUCCAUUGUGGAGAUGGAGGGGAAUAUUCGGGAAAUGUCUGCAGCUACGUUUGAUGGUAUCUUUGUCUGGAAAAUCUCCGAUUUCACAAAGAAAAGACAGGAUGCUGUUGCUGGCAGAGCCCCAGCUAUGUUCUCCCCAGCAUUUUUCACCAGCAAAUAUGGCUACAAGAUGUGCCUACGGAUUUAUCUGAAUGGGGACGGGACGGGACGGGCCAGUCACUUGUCUCUGUUCUUCGUGGUGAUGAGGGGACACAGUGACGCCCUCCUCAAGUGGCCCUUCAACCAGAAGGUGACCCUGAUGCUGCUGGAUCAGAAUAACCGAGAGCACAUCAUCGAUGCCUUCCGUCCCGACAUCUCCUCCUCCUCCUUCCAGAGGCCCGUCAGUGACAUGAACAUCGCCAGCGGCUGCCCACUCUUCUGCCCUCUUCCCAAACUGGACACCAAAAACUCGUACAUACGAGAUGAUACUAUAUUCAUCAAGGCUAUUGUUGACCUCACUGGCCUCUAGGUAAAAAGUGUGCCCACUACCCAGGCUCUCUCCCUUGGUUACUUAUGUAAUCCACUUGUAGGGGUUUGCCAUGCCAUCCAGGGACCUUGCUGUGCUGUUUUAUGUCUCAAAUGGCACCCUAUUCCCUAUGUCGUGCACUACUUUUGACCAGAGCAUUAUGGGCCCUUGUCCAACGUAGUACACUACAUGGGGAAUCGGGUGCCAUUUGGAACACGUCCGAGAUCUUCGGUUAGUAUGUGGUUUCUUGGCUGGUUGAAGAGUACACCAUUCACAGCACAGUGUUGUGCUAGCCAUCAUUUAGCUUGACGCCAUUGUUACCAAGCAACCAAUAUCACAAUCACAUUUGGCAAUGUAGUUCUUGUUAAAUUGAAAAUAGAAAGUGUUGUUCGAGAUUUCCCUUCAGUUAGUGGGAUAGCCGUUUGCUGUUAUUGUAUUGAUACUACUAUGCUACUGCUAACGCUUGUACCAUGGACCUCUGGCACUUUAGCUUUGUAGGAUGAAAACAGAAACAGAGCAAUGGUCGUGUCAUUCUGCUAGCGCUAGGCGCUUGUGUAACUGCAUUUGAUGCUAGAUAUUUGGUAACCCACUCAUUUCGAGCAACUUUUGCAUAGACAGACGUGGAGUUCCAACAACUACAAUUGAUGCCCAUUAUCUUACCUUUUUAAAUGGUCAGCUUGGCACAUACUUUGCAGUGCAUUUAAGAGUAGGAAUUUGAAGUCAUCUGACAUUUGUGUCAAGCGUCGUGUGCCUCUAAUCUCAAGUCCUGUGUUUGUAGUGGUGGCAAUUUCUUGAAUUCCAUGAAUUCCAGGUGCAGUAUUUGGAUUUUGAAUCAAUGUUGUCUGCGCACAUUUUCUUUUCUCUUUUUGAGCUGAGUUGCUAUAUUAGUUUGCAUGUUGGAUCUGUGGAAGAUACACUGUAGUUUGCAACAGGGUAGUUCACUAAACCUGAAUCGCAGCGACCGAGAAGUUGUCAACAGCCUGGUGUUAUAGCUUGACGUGGGAAGGACUUUUAUUGUGAAGAGAUCAAGGAUUGUUUACAAAUCACUAAACAGGGUCUUACAAAUCUAAUGAUAUUCAAGGGUAAAUGUUUAUUUGUAUUAGUGUUUUCUUCACAGCUUUGAGCUGUUCAUUGAUUCCAGAUCAAAUCUGUGACCUAGCUUUUACUAUAAGAAGUGCCUGCAUCCGUCAUAAGUUCAUUCUGAUCAAUGAGCCAUUGAACUGUUGAUGUGCUCUCCUGUGAAAUUGAUGGAUCCAAAAACGUUUCAUUUGUGUGAAAAAGAGCACUUCUCUAUCCUUAUAAAAACCCUUUUACUGUGGUGUAUUUUGGUAUGUUCAUAUGUCCGGUGAAAUAAUUGUUUGAUUUUACUACACCACACAGGCCUAAAUAUUGCACACUGAUGAAUUAAUGUCAUUAUACCUGGGAGAUGGUCUAUUUGGGAUCCUUCAGUUGAAUAGGGGAGUCUUAGAUAACUAACAAUUGGCUUUACAUCUAAACGCAAAUGAACCCAGGAUGUUUUCAAGCCAGUCUCGACACAUUGAAACCUCUCUGUGCAUGAGGUGUUUCAAUAAAGAUACACAUAAUAUUAAGUAUUGGUUUACUUUAAAGACCAACAUUUUAUUUGUAAUUGUUCUUAAUAUAUGAUGAGUGUUCUAUUGCUAAUUUACAUCACAUACGCAAAUCGGCAAAUGCUGUUAUAUCACAGGUUUUGCUAUUGAUGUAUGCAGAGAGUGAAAUAUAGUUACAUAUACUCUCCUCCGUAUUUUUCUGCACAUUGAAGAAAAAAAUGGUAAAUGUCACCCUAUACGCCAGCAUUUUGGAUUUGAGAUCAAAUGUUUCCUAUGAGACGACAGUACAGAAUGUCACCUUUUUAUUUGAGGGUAUAUUCAUCCCUAUCUGUUUUACCAUUUAGAAAUGAAAGAACUUGAUGUAUCUAGUCUCCAUUCAGUUCCUAUUUUUAUUUUACCUUUGUUUUACUAGGCAAGUCAGUUAAGAACAAAUUCUUAUUUUCAAUGACGGCAUAGGAACAGUGGGUUAACUGCCUGUUCAGGGGCAGAACGACAGAUUUGUACCUUGUCAGCUCGGGGAUUUGCAACCUUUCGGUUACUAGUCCAACGCUCUAACCACUAGGCUACCCUGCCGCCCCCUAUUGGGCAAAACAUCAUUUGAAACACAACAAAAAACUAACUGUAAAUGCAUCCAACAAGAUUGUAGAGUCACAAGCUUGAUGUCGUCAUUUCGUGCUAGGAAUAUGGGACCAAAUGUAAAACUUUUGACUACUUUAAUACACUAUAUGUGGAUUUGUCCAAAUACUUAGGAAUGAAUAGGGGGACUAAAUACAUAAAGUGCUUUCAUUUCUAAACAGUAAAACAGAUAUGUAUAAAUAAUACCCCCCCCAAAAAGUGACAUUCUAUGGUGUCCCCUCGUGAAAAAUUUGAUCUCAAAUCUAAAAUGAUGGGGUAUAGGGCAACAUUUGCACAUUUUUGCUUCACUGUCCAAAUAAAUACAGAGGGGAGUUUAUCUAUAGAAUAUAUAUAUAUAUAUAUAUGAGAGAUUUUAUUUAUUGAUAACAUAUUAUACUGUAUGUUGAGAUGGUUUAAAAGCAUGUCUGGGCUCAUUUGAAUUGAUGUAGGCAAAUCAGGAAUAUAAAUAUCAUUUGGAACCUUUCUUGAUUUCCUCAACAUUAUGAGGGUGAAGACAUGUUCAAUUGCAGUUUACACGCCUUAAGUAAUCAGUCUGAGAAAUUGUCUGUGGUAUUGUUUGUACAUGCAUAAAUAAUAUACUAUUUAUUUUAUCUAGCCAGUAGACAUGGUUGUCAUCUCCCAUUAUUCAGACUGCAUUUAGCAUGUACAGUUGUGUUAAUUAUAACAUAUACAUGCUGCUAGAAUAUAUACAAUUAUACUCAUACUAGUCUACGCUGAAGCAUAUUACAUCCAUAUCUUUGCAUUUAUGUGCCAACUAUUGCUAAUUGAUAUGGUACCUAUUUUUGUAUGUCUUGCAAAAGUAACUUUGUGUUGUAACAUUAAUUUGAUCGUCUUAAGGCUGUGGUUAAUAACGUUUUCAGUUCUCUCCCCCUCCAUAGACUUUCAGCAGUGCCAUCUGAUGAUCAUACUUGAUCUGCACAUGAUCUGAGGUAAUUACCUUAGAAAUAGAAUCACUAGAACAGGCCUGCAGGAACCUCAGACCAUGGCAUGUUCGCUGGUAAAUUCAUGGGUACACUCCAAUUGGCAAACCUUGUAUUCUAUUUCUACGGGGACAAUACUCACCACUCCUUUUUUUCUGUCCAUCCAAAUGUGUUGAAUGCUCUGUUGCUCCUUUCAUCUUGAUCAAUUUGUUGCUUUAGCAAGGUUUUGCAUGAGUCCUUGCCUGUUAAGGGAAAACAUCAAACGUACUGUAUCGUCAUAGGAAAUACCCUCUAUGGUUACAUUGCAAAACGUUGUUCGUUAGAUGCUGUUAUUCUUUAGUCAAAUAUAAAAACGUGUUUCUCUACCUGGA